AUGCUUCCCAAUGUCUUCCCGAUUUAUGACAUGUUAAAGGCAGAGUCUCGAUCCGAAGCUUCAUCGAACAAAUCCAUCGAGCACUCAGUGCAAGAAUGUGGAUGUGUGGGCUUCACUCUUCAUUCCGCCCGGUCUCUUCACCGUUUCACACGGUUUCCAGUUGGACAUGUUCACUCCAGGUUGGCAGCAUUGGCCGUCUUCGACAUGAAUCAAGUGACCAGCGUCAUCACCUUGCUUUCCACGGAGGUCGCCCCACCUGCAGAAGAUGCCACAACUUACAAAUUCAAUGCGCGAAUUAACUCAGCAUCCUUCGACCCGGCCCUCACCAAGAAGAAGCGCCCCCUGCCGGCACUGCAGAAAGCGAUGGAGACGGGAAUGGAUGCUGACCAUCAGUCGGAGACGAGUGACGACGUGGAGGCGCUGAGCGAGGUGGUGCGGUCCUCUUGGAUCUGA